AUGGAAGAACUGAAAGUUUUAGAUUUGAGCGGAAUACAAUUCUUGUCAUUGCCUUCAUCACUUUAUUGCCUAAAGAACAUUCGAACAUUGUGUUUGGAUAGAAACCUGCUAGAAGAUGUAGCAAUAGUCGGAAAGCUAAAGACAUUAGAGAUCCUUAGCUUUCUGGAUUCUGAUAUUGACCAGUUGCCUGGAGAAAUCGGACAGUUGACUCGGUUGAAGUUGUUAGAUUUGAGCCAUUGUUUAAACCUUAGAUACAUUGCACCAAAUGUCAUCUCCUGCUUGUCUCAAUUAGAAGAACUAUAUAUGGGCAAUACCUCUAUUCAAUGGGAGGUUGAAGGAGUCGAUAAUCAAGGACAAAGAAAUGCUAGUCUUGGAGAGUUAAAGUGUUUGUCUAACCUAACAGCUUUACAUCUUCAUAUUCGGGAUGCUGGAGUUAUGCCACAAGACUUGUUCUUUAAGAAGUUGAAAAGUUAUAAGAUAUUUAUAGGAGACAAAUGGAAGUGGUCCAGUAAAUAUGACCUUUCAACAUCAAGAACGCUCAAACUCAAGAUCAACAAUAGUAUUUGUUUGGGGCCUGGGAUUAAAACAUUGUUAAAGGUGUCUGAAGAUCUUUCUCUAGAGGAAAUGAAUGGUGUUAGAAAUGUUCUUUAUGAACUCGAUAUGAAUGGUUUUCCACAUUUGAGGCAUCUGCUUGUAAAAGAUUGUCUCGAGCUUUUAUAUAUCAUUAAGUCAGUUGCUUGGAAUCUAGCCUUUCCCAAAUUGGAGUCCUUGAUCCUUCGUAAUUUGAUUAAUUUGGAGAAGAUAUGUCAUGGCCAACUCAAUGCAGGGUCGUUCAGCAAAUUAAGGAUAAUGAAAAUAGAAAAAUGUGAUAGAUUGGAGUAUCUCUUUGCAUCCUCCGUGGCAAAAAACCUUACUCAGCUACAAGAAAUUGAAGUGACUGAUUGUAAGAACCUAAAAGAGAUUUUUGGUGAAGAAAGUAAAGACCAUGGUGAUGAAAUUGAAACAAAUGAUAAGAUUGACUUCAAUCAAUUGUGUUCUCUAACACUACAACGUCUACCACAAUUCAUAAAGAUUGGUUCUGACAUGAGGGUUGUCUUUCCAAGAUUGGAGAACUUGAAAUUGUGCUCAAUUAAUAUUGAGAAUACAUGGCUUGAUCAACCUUUGGCAAUGUCUUCUUAUAGUCAAUGCUUAAAAAGCUUAACCGUGGAGGAGUGUAAUGGCUUGAAAUUUUUGUUUUCAUACUCUAUGGUCAAAAGUCUUAACCAACUCCAUAAACUUGUGAUAGGCAAUUCUUGA